AUGCCCACAGAAUCAGUGCCUUUUGCCAAUGAUGGUAGAGUUGGUGGAGGAAGUUUUCAGAGCAUGGGCCUACAUCCAUGGCUGUUGCGUUCAUUGACCCUUCAAGGAUUCCGUGUUCCUACACCAAUUCAACGACAGUCUAUCCCAGUACUGCUCUCGCAUCCACCUCGUGACCUCGUGGGCAUGGCGCGUACAGGGUCGGGAAAGUCUCUUGCUUUUCUGAUCCCACUCGUUCAGCGCCUUGGCGGAAGGCAUGCUGCGACAUUUGGCGCUCGUGCGCUCAUCCUCUUGCCUGCUCGCGAACUUGCACUGCAAGUCUUGAAGGUAGGGAAAGAGCUUUCUCGUGGCUGGAGGCACGGAGAGGGAAGCCAUGCCGGCGAUAAAGAUCGUGCGGAUGAAGAUAAAGGAGGGCAAGGGCUUAGAUGGGGGCUCAUUGUUGGCGGAGAGGGUAUGGAUGAGCAGUUCGAGAUGAUAUCGAAUAAUCCGGAUGUUAUCAUUGCUACACCAGGUCGUCUCCUCCAUCUUAUCGUUGAGAUGAACCUCGAUCUUCGUUCUGUGCAAUACGUCGUCUUUGAUGAGGCUGAUCGCCUCUUCGAGAUGGGAUUCGAGACUGCCCUUACAGAAAUAGUUCAUCGGCUUCCUCCGAGUCGCCAAACCAUUCUUUUUUCCGCCACCUUGCCGAAAUCUUUGGUCGAAUUUGCUCGAGCAGGACUUCAAGCUCCCAAACUUGUCCGCCUAGAUUCGGAAAGCAAGAUUAGCCCGGACCUGACCAUGGCAUUCUUCUCUGUAAAACAAGCUGAGAAGGACGCGUCACUCCUUCUUCUGCUAAGGGAUGUCAUAUGCGUACCUUUAGGCUCUAACGACAUCCGAACGAAAGGAGAAGAUCAGAACAGUGCGAGCCAUGAGCAGAAGAAGAAAAGGAAGGUUCAUGACCAAUACACAGCACCUCAUCAAACCUUAGUUUUUGCUGCGACGAAACAUCAUGUCGAAUAUCUUACCAAUCUCCUUGUCACUGCGGGGUACGCUGUCUCUCACAUUUACGGCGCUCUCGAUCAAGUCGCGCGCACGCAACAAAUGGAGCAAUUUCGCCGUGGCUUGACCAAUAUCCUUGUGGUCACAGAUGUUGCGGCUCGAGGUAUCGAUAUCCCAGUCUUAGAGAAUGUCGUGAACUACGAUUUUCCGCAAGGGGCCCGUGUGUUUGUGCAUCGUAUCGGGCGGACUGCUCGUGCUGGACGACAUGGUUGGGCUUGGUCGUUUGUCACUAACGUCGAGCUUCCACACUUGAUUGACUUGCAAUUAUUUCUUGGGCGCCCGAUCAAAACCCUGAUAACUAGUACGGAUGCCAGGAACAGAAGUUUGUACGCAGAUUCUUUGAUCUUAGGCACCUUCGCGCGGGACAAGACGGACGAAGAGGCGGAGUACAUCCAGUCACUUGACGAAGCAAAUCACUCCCUACCAUCUCUGCGGCAGGUCAUGAGAAAGGGUCAAGGGAUGUACGAACGUAGCAAGGGUAAAGCGAGUCAAGCAAGCUAUAAGCGCGCAAAGGCCAUGAUGAAGGAACCAGGGACGUGGGGAUUAGCUGGGGCUGAAUCGGAGGGCACUCAUGAGGAUGAAAGGAAGGUGCUGUUGAGAAAGGUGAAUUCGUUUCGCCCGCAGGAGACAGCACUGGAGAUUGGAAUGAGGGGGAAAGCCGGGAAUGUGACGCUGAUGCAGGAGAGAAGGAAAGCAUUGAACAAAGCAGUUGAGAGGGCCGCUGUCAUACCAACACCCACGCAUGACACACAAUUUUACAUGUCCCACUAUCAAAAAGGUGCUGAAACGGAAAAAGGCUACUCACUUCGCGACGGGGCGACUUUCGCCGAACAAGCACGGAACGCCACUUUUGAUCUCGCUGGAGAUGAGGCGAUUGCAAAUAAAAAACGUGCACGCUUGACUUGGGAUACAAAAAAAAAGAAAUUCAUCAAAGGGGACGGUGCUGGCGCGGACAAUGUCAAGAUGGUCAGAACAGAAAGUGGCACCAAGCUUCCGGCAACAUAUCGCAGCGGUCGAUUUGAUGAGUGGAAGGCGAAAAAUCGGAUAAGUCUACCUCGAGUCGGAGAAGUAGAGAAUGCGGGGAAGCGUUUCAAUGCAAGCGCGGGGCGUGAGAUCAGCAGUCGAUACAAGGGCAAACCCCCUAGGACAGUCAAAAGCGAGCUCAAGACAGCGGACCAAAUCCGAAGGGAUCGGAGUACGAUGAGCAACAGGCGGGCCAAAAAUGCACGACCGAGUCAUAAGAAAGGCAAGCGGUAG